CCUUUGCUCCGUUUCUGAUUGGUGCCAGCGAGUUCGGGGAAGAUGCUGCGAGCUUCUGUGGUCUCCUCCACCAACGAUUCUUUCGAAUAUCUGAACGUUUCGUGUUUGGGGAAUAGGUGCAGUAACACGACCGCCGCUCCGAGCCCCCCGGUGUUGAUGGACGCCUGGCUGGUGCCUCUCUUCUUCGGGAUUCUCAUGGUUGUGGGUCUGGCUGGAAACUCGCUAGUGAUUUAUGUGGUAACGAAGCACAAGCAGAUGCGCACAGUUACCAACUUUUACAUAGCAAACCUGGCUACAACUGAUAUUAUUUUUCUGGUAUGCUGUGUUCCAUUCACUGCAGUCCUAUACCCACUCCCGAGCUGGAUUUUCGGGGAGUUCAUGUGCAAAUUUGUCAAUUACAUACAACAGGUAUCAGUACAGGCAACAUGUGUCACAUUGACUGCAAUGAGUGUAGACAGGUGGUAUGUGACAGUAUAUCCACUCAGAUCCCUGAGGCAGAGAACGCCCCGGGUGGCAAUGGCAGUCAGUCUUGGAAUAUGGAUCGGGUCUUUUAUUGUGUCCAUACCAGUGGCUAUAUAUCAGAAAAUUCAAAAUGGAUACUGGUUUGGACCCCAGAUCUAUUGCAGUGAAUCUUUCCCUUCUGCUUCCCACGAGAAGGCCUUUAUCCUUCAUAACUUCUUAGCUGUCUACCUUCUCCCAUUGGUCACAAUCUGUGUGUCUUAUACUGCUAUGCUGCAUCAGAUGGGGCGACCAGCCGUGGAACCCAUUGACAACAACUACCAGGUUCAACUUCUUGCUGAAAGAUCAGAGGCCAUGCGCACAAAGGUCUCAAGGAUGUUGGCAGUUAUGGUCCUUCUCUUUGCCGUUUGUUGGGGUCCCAUCCAGUUGUACAUCCUUUUCCAAUCAUUUCUUCCAAAUUUUAACAGAAAUUACUAUACUUACAAAAUCAAAAUCUGGGCCCACUGCAUGUCCUACACAAAUUCUUCCAUCAAUCCUAUAGUAUAUGCAUUUAUGGGAGACAAUUUUAGAAAAUCAUUCAAAAAAGCUUUCCCAUUCAUCUUCAGGCAGAGAAUUGGGAAUGCAAACAGUGGGAAUGGUGCUGGCAACACGGAGAUGCAUUUUGUUUCAUCUGGAACGUAAGGGAUUUGGAUAUUUUGGGAUAUAUUGCUUUAAUUGUUGAAAAUAUUUGAGUUGAACCAGGAAGGUCUGAUAGAAGAUUUUAUAUCAACUAUUGUUAGAAUUUCAUUUUAUUUGGCUAAGUGUCAGGCACCCAUGAACUGCAUCAUUCACACUUUACAUGGAUGAAUAGUUGUUCCUACACAACCUGGAAUGCCAGUAACAUCAUCCUGUUUUUGUAUAAAAAAUUACUUAUUAUUCAUAUCAUUUAUCAAUUUUGAAAAACAUUUUUCCAAAGAUACAGCUUAGAGCCCUGAUGGUGUGGGGAAAUGUCUCAUAUCAAGGAUAGCUGAGCCAUUAAAUCCAGGAAAGCCCUAAGAUUAACCUCUAGACUUUGCUGAGGUAGAUGGCAUCUGUCAAAUUCUUCACUGAAAUUUUCACCUGGUUGUGAAGGGGAAAAAAAAGCAAAUAAAUGUGCUAAUCUUGACUGUUAUCCAAUGACCUUUGCUGUAGAUUGUGAGUAUGUAUGGUUGUGCGUUGAGGGAUUAGGUGCAUGUCUGAUAGCCCUUGUAAUUCAGAGCUUGUUGUCACUUGUUUAUGCUCUUAGUGCCUCCUGCUGCUUCACUGAGUAAUGAGACAAAGGUAUCCAUUAUUAAUAACAAUCAUAUUACAACUAUGUAGUUGUGAAUUUUAAUUAAUUAGGUGAUCUGCUUUAAUUUCAUUAAUUUACACUUUGAGUGAAGCAGUGAAAGGAUGAAUUUGAAACAGUCAAAUUUAAAGAAAGCAAAAUAUAGAAUGUGGAAAUUUGAUACUUUUUGCAACUUGAUUGACCUUCAGUGGUUACUUAGUUUAUUUUACAGAGAAGGAAACCAUUGCCAUGUCAAAGUAAGAUGUACAGAGGUGUCAUGUACAUAUAUACAUGACAGUUGGGAACCAAAGAGGGCUCCCCCCAAGUCUAUGAUGUAACCACUUAUGUUGGAUGUGCCCAAGGCAAACAUAAACCACAGCAGGGGGAUGUCUACCCCAACCCCAACCCUGAGAUCAUUUCUGUCCAAUAGAUACAAAAUAUUUUACACAAAACAUCAAUAGAAUGUGUCUGACAGGCUCAUAUUACUAAUCCACACACACCGCUCCCAAACAGACAAUUUAAAAGAUGUCUGCAGAGCUUGAUGAGAAACAAAAUUGUCAUUUUAUUUCACAUCAAGAAAAAAACAUAAUUACAUUCAUAUUGUGCCAUUUGCGACCUCAGAGCAUCCCACAUCACUUCACAGCAAAUGAACUUCUUUUUAAACAUAGUGAGGGUUGGAAAAGAAGAUUUUCGGUCUUGAUCUCUACCCAUUAUAUGUGUCACGUGUGUAACAAAAUCUGACAAAUGACAGUCAAUAAUAACCAGAGCAACUAAUUUAGUGAUAACAAAGUGUGGAGCUGGAUGAACACAGCAGCCCAAGCAGCAUCUUAGGAGCACAAAAGCUGGUGUUUCGGGAUCUCUGAUCCCAAUUAAUUUAGUAAUUUUGGUUGAGGAUAAUUAUUGGCCAGAACAGCAGGAUUCCAUUCUGUCAUGGGAUUUUUUUGCAUCCACAUGAGAAGGCAGACAGUGCCUCGGUUCAACAUCACUUCUUGGAAAAUGAUACUUCUGCUUCCAUGGUACUGUAUUGAAGUAUUAGCCUGGAUGAUACUUUAAAGAUUCUAAAAUAGGACUUGAAACCAUAACCACCUAACUCAGAGGUAAGAGUGCUACCUGCCCUCCUAGCCACAGCUAAUGUAUAGAAUGCUGAAUCCUUUCUUUGAAAAGCUCUGUAUUCCAGUAUAUUUAUAAGUAGAAAACCACUAGUUAUAUUCAAUCUCUGUGCAUCUUGAUAUAUUGCUUUGUGUACAAAAUAAACAUUCAGCAUGAUUUUUGUGUUAAUCUUGCAAAUAUAAUGGUUGGCUAUUUUAUUUUAAACAUGAUUAAGAGGCUGAAAUGGGUCUUUAAAUCUCCAGUUGUAUGUUAUAUUCUAUCAUGAAUUAGCUUAUGGCUGAAAUAGAAAAUAGCUAUUUCUGACCUAAGCGGACAGGAAGGAUUCAAGAUUCCAUUAUUGAAACUGGGUUGAAUUAUGUAGCCCAAUUCAAACAGGCAAUAGAAUUCUCUAAAAUGCCCAUUCCAAGGAGGGGAAAGUUUAGGCAGCAUUUUCUCUCCUAACCCUGCCCAGUGUUUAUGGAUAUCAGAUGGGGACCAAGUCAGGUUUAGUUUUGACACACCUAAGCAACCAGUUAAAUUGACUAACAAAAUUUGCUGCCUUUAAAAAUGGUUGGUGGCUGAAGUAACCAGGUUAGAAUUUAGGAAAGGAUUCAUUCACACGAGUUAGAUAUUGCGUUGUGCAAUUGAAAUAUACAUUGACUCACUUUGUAAAAGAAUAAUUAAAAUUUUUACACCAUAGAGGGACACCAUGCAUCUCAUCAUAACCUUGCAAUUUCUUUGAAGAAAUAAUCCUUAGCCUACUCCUCACACUUGCCUUCCUCUUUUCAAAUUUGUUUUGCCAGCAUUUAAAUUGUGCUUCCAAUAAAGGCAAAUAAUUACAUGACAGCGUUGAAUGAGGGAUAUCAUUGAUGUAGCAAACCUGUAGUUGGAAUAACAACUGGUUCAGUGUAUUAUUUGUGAAUAUUUCCAGUUUUCAAACAGUAAGAAGGAAUCUAAAUCUUCAUAAUUAAUCAAUUUCCAAUCUCUCUUUAUAAGUAAUGCUUGUUUUUUUGCACUCCAUGCAUUUGGUUCAAAUAACUUUCCAGAUUUUGUUGCUUUAUUCUGAUGAUAGGUAUGUAGAUUGUCACUUUAUUUAUCAGUUCCAUAAUUCAUUUUUUAAAAAACUGAUUUGUUCAGUACAGUAAGUCUUUAAUAGAUUAUUUCAGUGGUGAAUAAAAUUAUAUUUAUUAAAUUAUUGUCUUAAGAGCCGUGUUACUUUAAAAGCGGGAUACAGUGAUGAACCAAGAUGAAGCUACAUGACCAACUUCCAUGUACUGGUUACAUAUCUAAUUGUCUGUAACUGAAUGUGUAC